CAAGCUCAGAAUGAAGAACAAAUUUGCAUGCAUUUUGCUUUUGAGCUGCCUAAUAAGCUAUCUGGCGGCUGAGAGUGUGGAAAUGGCUGUGUCCAGCUGCAUGACAGAGAAUGGCGUUUCGGAACAAGAACUUAGUAGUCUGAAGUCUGGCGACGUAAAGCUUGAGGAUGUCAAGGAUAAUGUCAAGUGUGCCUCUCAGUGUGUCUUCGCAAAGCUUGGCUUCAUGAACAGCAAGGGCGUGCUGCAAAAUGCUAAAGUUUUGGAUUUCUUCAAGGACGAACCCCUUAAGGGGCAGGCGGAAAAGGCUUUGGAAGCCUGCGGCAGUGUCUCCGGUGCCAAUCCCUGUGACACGGCGUUCCAAAUCAUGGUCUGCCUGGAGAAGCAUGUCACCGAGAUGAUGAAGAUGUAAACAUAGCUGCAGAAGGGGAAGCCAAGGCAUUAUAUAUAGUAAUUCACAAAAUAAAUAUACACACAGAAUAUCUACUUGAGCGGAGCA